GUGGAGGGAAAACACCAUCAAAUGCGCUUCAAUUGGAAUGCAGCCGAUUGAAAUAGAAAACGACGCCAAAUAUCAGUGCUUCAAACAAUUGGCUGUGAAUUGGAAGUACGGGUCAAACUACUGGACCUCUGGCCUGAGGACACAAGGCAAAAACUUUUCGUGGUGCAACAACAAUAAUGGUUCGGUGCAUUUUUGGGCGCCUGGCCAGCCCGAUAAUUUGAACGGAUCAGAAAACUGUGUUCACAUGAACAUCAAAAAAGAAAAAAGUUCUGUCUAUUUGACCGACAAAAAAUGCACCAACAUCAAUGUUUUUUCCUGCCAAGGUCCAACAACGCCUCCGCCACGAUGCGCGUCACCAGUUUGCCCUAAUAUCACAUGCACAAGAAAUCUGUCACUUUUUUUUCAAAUGACCAAGAAGGGCAAGACUUCAUACUAUUUAAUAAAUCCAAAUCUGUUCGGCUCCUGGUACAAGAAAAACAACCGCUUUUACGUUUAUAGCUACCUCAACCAGACGAAAACAUUCCUAGGGGCGAUGAAAGCCUGCUGCGAUUUAGGAAUGAAUCUACUCAGCCUCCAGUUUGAUUACAAAUUUGACGGAGUUAAAGCUGGAGUGAAAGAAAAAUAUGCAACUCCGGGCUACUAUUGGACAUCGGGCACCGACAGCGGUUGCGAGUCGGCUUUCGGCUUCUGCUCUGUGAACCGUUUGGUUCGAAAAGAUGCCAAAUGGCAGCCGGGACAGCCGGACAACGCAGGCGGAGUGGAGCAUCACUUGGCUGUCUACAUCAAUGGGUCGAGUGCAUUGAUGGCUGAUUUUAACGGAGACACAAAGCUGCGGUACAUCUGCGAGGCCCGGGACACGUCAAAUUCCGCUACAGGAGGAAAAUCUGUGAGAGACGAGUGCGCUGCUAUUUACAACGUCAGCUCGAUUGAAAUUGACAAUUUGCUGAAUGACACAAACUAUGAUUUAAGGAUAAAAUGCUUCAUCAAGUGCAUUGGGGAAAACAGCGGUUUGAUGAUUGACGGAAAGUUUGUGGAAAGUGAAUUUCUGGCAAUAUUGGAAAAGUUGGCAGCUGGUAAUUUGCAGGAUCUCAAGAAAAACUUGAUGAUUCAAGAUGAGUGCAUAAACUCAACUGGUGGAAUGGAUGAGUGCGACAAGGCGGCGCAAUUGAUCAAGUGUGCGAAUGAAAAGGCGCCUGACGUGUUCAUGAGCGUAGUUAAUGAAAAGGAGAAUUCCAUUUCUCUGUCGGAGUCAGCACAAGAAAUUGCUCCGUUGACCCCGGAGCCUACUUUUUGUGUCAAAAAUUAUACUUCUUGCGUUGUAAACCCGGUUUUAAGAGCGCUGUUCGAGACGACGACGAAAAGUGAGGCAUCUUAAGCAUUCACAAUGGGACUUUUAAUUUCUUUUUUUUUCAAUUGGACAUUGUUUUGAGGGAUAUUCAAGUAUUUAGUACUUUCAGUUCUUUAUAUAUCAUCGGCUAAAAUAAAUUUGGCAAAUUUAAAUAAUUUUUUUCAGUUAAAAUUAAAUGCAGUUCUUUUCUUAUUGUGUACAUAAUUCAUAUUAUAUUAUUCUUUACUGAAAAACCAUGACAACCUUUGCCUUCGUUGGCAUAUAUAUUAUUAGAAGCGAAUUGUACUGACUGGGUUAUUUGCCUUCUUUUUUUAUUUCAGCUAAGGUGUUUGUAGGUUUCAAAGAGGUACCCGUGACAAACUUCACCAUCGAUUACAUAAGCGGCAAAAAGUACCUGUCAUUUUCAGUCUACAGAUUCCACUACGCCUACGGAAUCACUAUGUGCUGCAUGUUCGGCCUCCGAAUUGCCACUCUGGACACACCGCAGAAGGUGGCGAGCGUUUUUACCAGCUCAGCAUAUAUAUCAGCGCAAAAAGACUACUGGAUUCCCGUUACUUGGCGUGACGGACAGCCGCGCUGGUGUUUCUCGAAUUCUUCAAUGAGUGACCUCGCUUUCGACACUUCUUCUCUAGCUCCCUCGAUCCCAGCUUUUGUUAUCAAUUACAAUUUAAAGAAAAUAAUGUCGCUUGGUGUGACCACUAAUUCGGAUGUUGCACAUGUUUUGUGCGAAGAUUAUUAAAUUUCAAUAUGGUUUAUCUUCAUAACACAUGAUAAAUUACUAACAAAUACUGCUUGCAGUGAUUGUACAA